AUGCCUGACGGUGCCGCACCAAAACGCCGAGCCUCGCAGCAGCAGAAGCGCCGGCUAUCGACUGAACAUGCUCCAAAUUCAUGGGGCGGAGCAACGGCAGGAAACAUCUACGGCGGAUUGUCGACUGUAUUCGAGAAGGACAAGGUGAUCUUCGCAGUGGCUAUCCGUGAUGCGACCUACCUGGUGGACUUUGCGCAGGAAGAACUGCCGUUCAGCGAUGGCGACAACCUGGACUCGAAGAUUGGUGACCACAUGAUGUUCCAUCUAUACAAGUGGUGCGACACACAUUUGGAGAAGAUGAUCGGACUAGCUAUUCCGAAAGAGCUGGCCGACGCCUGUCCCACGAUUACCUCACGUCUCUGGCUGGAGCUCGAUAUUAUUCCAUUGGUAUUAGCAGAUAACAGGCUUGAUAUCGGCAGCGACGAUUCAUACCAUGGAUUCCAGCAGUCCGAGGACUGGGAUUUGAGGACUUUGGAUGAGCAGGCAGAGUCCAUGGCUCGGAAAUGCGUUCGGCUUUUCGGUCCUGAGAGUAUUCCGUUACUUCAAGUUGGCCUUUCAGGUCUUGUACAGGUUGACACGGCUUUCCACGUGCGAUUGACCAACAAAAAGAACUAUGAAGACUCCGUGACUUCCAACACUUGGAAGGCUAUUCAGUAUUAUGCAAAUGAUCUCAAAGACCGGAAGGUCAAAUUGGCGUUCUUUAGCGCCACCCCGCAAGGAGGAGGAGUCGCUCUCAUGAGACACGCUAUGGUGCGGUUCUCUCACGCGCUAGGAACCGACAUGAAAUGGUAUGUGCCCAAGCCACGACCAGGCGUUUUCCGUAUCACCAAGACGAACCACAACAUUUUACAAGGUGUUUCCGCUCCCGAGGAGCGUCUGACGGAUGAGAACUGGGAACAGGUUACUAGCUGGAUCCACGAGAAUACCGAGAGGUACUGGCUACGACCGGGAGGCCCUCUUGAGCAUCCGGACAAAGGAGGCGCCGACGUCAUUGUCAUUGACGACCCGCAAAUGCCCGCCCUCAUUCCCCUGGCGAAGGAAAAAGCUCCAGACCGACCGGUUAUUUUCCGAAGCCAUAUUCAGAUCCGAAGUGACCUGGUGGACCAAGAAGGGACACCGCAGGCGGAGUGCUGGAAUGCCAUGUGGAAGGACAUACAAAAGGCCGACGUAUUCGUCAGCCAUCCGGUGAAAUCCUUUGUACCGAAGAACGUUCCCCGGGAUAUGGUAGGCUACUUGCCUGCGUCGACGGACUGGCUGGAUGGCCUGAACAAGAACAUGCGAAACGAGGACAUAGCCUUCUACGGACGGAUCUUCAACUCGUGGGCUCGAAACUCUGGAAUGCCAGUCAUCGACCAUCCAGCAGACGAGUAUAUCAUCCAAGUCGCCCGCUUUGACCCGUCCAAGGGUAUCCCCGACGUCCUAGGGUCCUACGUGAAAUUCCACAAGCGCAUGCAAGAGUCCUGCCCCGAGAUGCCCAUUCCCAAGCUCCUGAUAUGCGGCCACGGCUCCGUCGACGACCCGGAUGGCACGAUAAUCUAUGAUCAGGCGGUGAAUUACAUCGAAGAGUCGAUUCCCAAUCUAGCCGACGAGAUCUGCGUCGUCCGCCUUGGCCCCUCUGACCAGGUCCUCAACGCACUCAUGUCCAAAGCAAAGGUCGCCCUCCAACUCUCCACCCGCGAGGGCUUCGAAGUCAAGGUCUCCGAAGCUAUUCACAAAGGUCGCCCGGUCAUUGCUACACGGGCUGGCGGCAUCCCGCUACAAGUCAUCGACAAGGGCAACGGGUUCCUGGUGGAUGUUGGGGACACAGAUGCAGUCGCAAACCACCUCUUCGAUCUGUGUACGGACAAUGAGCUCUGGCAGAAGAUGCACAAGUUUGCGCUGAAGCAUGUGUGUGAUGAGGUCAGCACGGUGGGUAACUCGCUCAACUGGCUGUAUCUUGCUUCGAAGCUCUCCAAGGGAGAGGUCAUCAAGCCGAAUGAGCGUUGGAUUAAUGAUAUGGCUCGUGAGGAGGCGGGCAUUCCGUACCAGGAGGGCGAGGACCGCCUGAAGCGGGAGCUGGAAGUGCCCAAGAUGGGUUAA